AUGCUAUCCACCACCAGUCCAACACCAACAACCGCCACACAAACCGUCGGAGUCAUGCAAAGCUCCAUAUCCGUCACUCAACAACCAUUACCUGUUUUCCGGCAGCCACCAGGGGUUCAUCUACCUCAUUACCCUCCAAAUUACAUCCCAUACGGUCCAUAUUUCUCCCCAUUUUAUGUCCCUCCACCACCUGCUAUCCAUCAGUUUUUAAGCAACGAGACAUUCCCACAACAAGGCGGCGGAGGCAUGUAUCCAGCACCACCACCACUAGUGGCUGCCACCUCUAAUUCUAAAUACCCGCUUCCACAAUAUAAGCCAGGAAGCAAUACAGGGAAUAUUGGAAUGGCAGGAAGCUAUGGACCGUAUGCUUCAGCAGCCCCUGCUGGUUAUAACCAAAGAAUGCAAUUUAAUCACGACAAUGUUAGGCCAGUACAGUUGCAAUCCGUGGAAGUGCUCCCUAAAAAGGCUGUUAAUAUCUUGAAGGAAAAUAGGUAG